CAUUUUCAAUCGCCAGAGGUAUUAUUAAAGAUCGGGAAGGUAUAAAAUGGGCAAUUCCUAUCGUAUACUGCCGCCUCUCACCGCUGUGCCGAUCCGGUAGUCGUUGCGGAUUUCCUUGAUGAAGGUCAAAAAGACGGACCAGACGCCCUCGGGAGAUGCUGUUCUAUCCGGACUUCAUAUUUGCAUAGUCGGCGGCGGCGUGGUCGGGCUUGUCGGCGGCAUCUUCCUGCGCCAGUAUGGGUUCCGAGUGACGAUACUCGAGAGGGACACUACUCUCAAAACCAUCGGUGCUGGUAUCCAGCUGCACCCGAACGCCGUGCGGGUGCUUCAGGACCUCGGAAUCUACGAGAAGAUCCGCUCGAAAUCCGUCGUUCCCCCGUCCAUCAUCCUCAAAGAGUAUACGACGGGAGAAAUAUUACAUAACCAAGACUUGUUAGAGCCGGCAAGGAAGUACGGCGCCCCGGUCCUGACCUUGCAUCGAGGUGACCUACGCGGACUCUUGUACGACGGGGCCGUCGCAGAGGGGGUCGACGUCAGGCAUGGAGUCAGCAUCGAUCUCGGCGACAUAGACCUGGUCAACGGUGUUGUGAAGCUAUCCGGCCAGUCUGAGGUGCUUCGUGCCGAUCUAAUUAUAGGCGCAGACGGCGCGCACUCGGUUGUCCGAGAAGCCUUGGCAGGGCGAAAAGACGAGGCAGUCCCUCACGGCAAGGUCGUCAAUCGGAUCCUGAUCGAGGAGAAGGCUAUAGCAGCGGUGCCAAGCCUACGGUAUCUGGUCGAGAAACCCAACAUUAUCGUGUGGUUGGGCCCCGAGUGCCAGGCUGUCACCUAUGUACUGGACGGCACGUUCAACAUUGCCUUCACUUGGCCGUCAUCCUUGGACCCUAACGAUAUGUUUUUCGGUCCCCAACCGGUGGACUUGGACGAGUUCCGGUCCCGUCUCGACAAUUGGGAGCCCGAGCUUCGCGAUCUUGUCGGCCUUGCAGAGCACUCUCUACGCUGGAUGCUCUUCGAGCCCAUAGUAGAUGACAAAGAGACGCCAUGGGUCGAUACGCGAGGCAAAUUUUGUAUCGUCGGCGAUGCUGCCCACCGGGUGCUACCGUAUCUGGCACAGGGGGCGGCCAUUGGCAUCGAGUCGAUUGCGCUCCUGGCGCAUCUGCUAGCCAAGGUGGAGGACAGGGGCCAGAUCAAGGACUGUCUGGACAUCUACCAACGUCUCCGCAAGGAGAGGACCAGCCAGAUCAGCCGUGCGACGCUGAAGAACGGGCGAAACUGGCAAAUGGCCGACGGGCCCUUGAAAGAGGAACGGAACAGGGUGUUUUUGACGGAAGUCCCGACGGCGGGAUUUCCCAACCUGUUGGCGGACCCGUUCUUCCAGGAAUGGCUAUGGGGGUACGACGCGUCGAAAGCGGCCGACGAGGCCUGGUCGCGAUACAAGCCAGUCCGGGAAGGGAAGGAGUUGAAGGGCAAGGGGUAAGAACUUGAUAUACCUGGCGUGGGAAGCAUGGAGGUGGGUGUGAAGGUGGGUAGGUAGGUAGACAGGUAGAUGGAUGGGUAGGUAAGUAGGUAGGU